CUAUUUGCAGACUAUGGCAUGACUGUGUGUUUAAGGAUAACAGCUUGUUCCAGGAAUACAAAGUUCACUCUGAAACCGUUACUAGACACAAACUGCAGUAUAUGUUGACUAUGCUUUAGGUGAUUAAAACAAUCUUAAGUCUGUGAGAAAACACAAGAUGUUCAGAAAGACUCCUAGUUUUGGAAGUGACCUCACUCAAUCAGAACUGAGGAUUGUUCUGCUUGGAAGUAAAGAGUCUGGGAUAAGCUCCGCAGGGAACACAAUAUUAGGCAGUGAUGAGUUUGAUCUAAAGAAGCAUGCUGAAUGUGUGAAGAAAGAAAGAGUGGUGGCUGGAAGGCAGAUCUGUGUGAUUGACACACCAGGUCGAAGAGAAUACUCUGCCUCUCUCACACCCACACUGUGUUUGCAAGAAGCAGUGCGCAGUGUGACUCUGUGUCCACCAGGGCCUCAUGCCUUCCUGCUGGUUGUAAACAUAAUGAUUCCAUUUGAUGUGGCAAGCAAAGAAGCAGUCAUGGAACACCUUAACCUCUUUGAUGAGGCAGUCUGGAAACACAUCAUAGUGUUGUUCACCCAUGGGGAUCAACUGGGAGACAUGGACAUCCAGCAGUACAUAGAACGUGAAGGAGAACCACUGCAGUGGGUGCUUGAGAAAUGUGGGAACAGAUUUCAUGUAUUCAACAAUGAGAUCAAAGAUGAUUCUACACAAGUCGAGCUGCUGAAGAAGAUUGAUGUGAUGGUAGCAGGGAACCAUGGCAGCCAUUUUGAGUUAGACAUGGAGAGGCUUUGCACGAUAACCAAAGAGAAGGGAGAGUAUGAGCAAUCAAAUGAGAGGAACAAAGAACAGCAGCACAGCGAAAUCCUCAGAUUAAAGAUGGGUAAUGAACACAAGCUUGCAGAACAGAGAAUUGUUCUGACUGGACAGGAGAGUGCUGGAAAAACUUCAACUGCAGAAACCAUUCUGAACAUUUGGGACUCUGACCAUCUGAAGACUACUCUUCUAUCUACAACCAGUGAAGCAACAGUAGGAAGAUGGCAGGUAACUGUUGUUGACACACCAGGUUGGCUGAGGGAUGCACCUCAGAGUCAAACGUCUAAAAGAAUCAAACAAGAAAUUGUGCGGAGUGUGUCUCUGUGUCCUCCUGGACCCCAUGCUGUCUUGCUGGUCAUACCUGCCAACGUCAAAUUCACAGAGGCCGAAGAAACAGCCAUCAAUGAGCACCUGGAACUUCUUGGAGAGAGAGUUUGGAAUCACACCAUCGUACUGUUCACCCAUCCAGAAUGGAUGGGCGACUCCCCCAUUGAACUGUACAUAGAAAGUGAGGGAGAGCCACUAGACAGGAUCAUUAAGAAAUGCGGUUGCAGGUAUCAUGUACUCAGCAACGACAGUCCAGGUCAAAGUCAAGUUGAAGCACUUCUGGAGAAGAUAGAGGUGAUGGUGGCUGGAAACAGCAACUGUUUUUAUGGGAUGGAUGAAAAGAGUCAAAAGGAUAUGUCUGAUGACGGGUGUGAGGAAGAGAUUGAAGACGCCAGUUGUUCCACAGUCAAGCUGCCCCGUGGUGACCCAGAGGACGUCUCAGGGCAAAUAAAGAGAUCAACUGAUAUAAGUUCUGGAUAUGGCACUGCACUUUCUGAGUGUGAAACCACAAACAGUGCAGAACAUGAUAGGCCAAAUUUGUAGGAUCCUAUAGUCUGGCUAGCACCUACCACUUCUCAAUGAGACGUCUGGUCUGGCAACCAAACAUUCAUUUUCUUGUAUUUGGAAAAUGCAGAUCCGUUCAUUGGGUGUCACAGGUGUCUAUCAAAUGCGUCUGUGCAUAGCUCACCAUCGACUUGCUUUCUCUCCCAUGGAUGUUCCCAUGCUGCCUUAGCGUGAAUCAAAUUGCGGGCAAGGCAGCAUGGGAACAUCCAGGCUAGGAUCCUAUGUCAUUUCACAAUCAAAUCAUGACCUAUCCUUCAUGUUUUACCUCAUUAGUUGCAUGACUUAAUAUAAUUAAUUGCCUUGGAUUUUUUCCUUUUAGUUACGCUAUAGGCCUGUAGCCUAUAUAUUCAUUCACAUACCUUACUUACUUAGUGUCAUGUCUUACUUAACUCUACAUUGUACUGCCACCUAAUGGCCAUAUCUUAUGCUUAUCAGUACAACAUCUUCCACUUUUUUCCUUUCUUUCUCUCCUGUCUUCUCUCCUCUCAUCACAGCUUCUCUCUCCUUGCCUUCUUAUUCCCUCCUUUCCACUCUUCACUCCCCCUCAUUCUACUCUCAUCCUCUCCUCCCUGUGUUUUCAAGUUGAGCUUAAAUAAGAUAUCAACUCAUUUAACAAGGCUUGUCAUAAACUUAAUUCUUCUGAUUGGCUUUAGCCUGUUAUGUGAUGCUGUCAGUGCAGUUCUGAACACAAUUAAGGACAUGUAGAUGAUUUGGUUAUUUUCAUGCACCUUUCACGCAAUUAAAUGUGAUCAGUUUAACUCAUCCAUCCAUCUUUAAUGGUGAACCAUAACAAAAGACUUUAUUGGUGUACCUAAACAAGAAUUAUUCACUCAAAAGCGUUUGCCAAAUAAACAUUAACAUUAUAUUGUCAUCUCUCCAUGUCGAGUAGAUAGACAAGCCGAUAUUAACAUACAGCGGGUCACAUAACUUUAGUCACACAUUUUAUAUUCUACAAGGGAGAGUUUGGGUAUUAUGCUCAAGCAUGUAUUUGAUACACAUGUAUAAAAUGUGUAUAAUUUACUGAAUAAUAUUCUGUGCAGUGGCCAGGUUGGCCAGAUCUGUAAUCUUUUACCAAUUUUAUGAAGCCAUUUAUUUAUUUAUUUUAUCUAUUAAUGUAUCUAAAUGUAUUAAUCUGAGGAAGCAGGUGUGAUGUUUGCCAUCGCUGUGGACUCCAUAAAGAUGCUCAACAAGAACUCAUCUUCAUCAACCCCACCAAUGAGACCCCAAUGCUUCUGCUCAGGGGACACGAUUAGCAAUUAGCUACAUAUCCUCCCCUUUAUGUCAUCAUCUUCAUAUUGGUGAGCAGUUUUAGGACUAUUAGAUCUUUCCGUCAAGUUGUUUUCCAACUUCCAAGUUUGUUUUUCAAAGAAGACACUAACAUUAUUAUAUUCUCUCAUCUUAUCUCAUGCUCAUGUUAACAAUGUUGAUGUUAUAACCUGUAAGCUGGAUGGGUCA